AUGUGCCGUAAGAGUGCAAAGCGAGGGACUUUGCAGGUUGCCCCCGAAGUGGCAGAGAAAUGGAAGACCACGAACACCCGGAAGCAAAUCUUGAAUGCCUUCAUUGCAGCCAAAGGCAACAAGGAGACAUUCAACUGUCGCAUGGAGAUUCUCAUCAAGCAGAAGAAGGAGCUCACCCUUUCGAUCAAAAGUGGAUUCUACAGCGAGGAACUCAUGAAGACCGAGCUGAAGUUCAAGCCGCCUAUCGCCUUAACUUUGGAUCGGAUAAAGGCAAUCGUCCGGUACUGCACGGCUACGAAGAUGAGAAGGAAGAAGUUGACCAGGAAAGACAAAUACCAGCGGCACGUGCGUGAAUAUUGGGUGGACGUUGAGACUGUUGGCAAGCUGGAAACCUCGCACAUGGAGGAGUUCAGCCAAAAGUACACCAUUGUUGAUGAGGAUGGUAGUGAGCUGCCCAUGCCCGAGAUUGGCGGCAAGAGCCCCUCUGCUUGCCUUAGCCUUGACGGUGACUCCUAUUCGGAUGAUGAUGAUGAUGGCGAGAAUGAUGAUGAGAGCCCCAGCAAGACCAAGGCCACGAAGAGAAAGAACAAAAAGAAGACCCCAAGUCCCCAUAGCAAGCGCAGCAUUCUUCGAGACAGCAACAAGAAGACGAAGUCAGUGAGGAAAGCCGCCAAGGCUAAGGAGGAUGAGGUUGAGGCUGCUUUGGAGGAAAUGGAUCGAAUUCCUACGAUACUCUCCGAAAUCCUCAAGCUUCGGAUCAAAAUGGACAACACGAUGGACAAGCUGAAGGCAUGCAAGGAGGAGGAUGCCAAGAAGAGCCUGGCUAACAUGACUGCGCAAGCGGACAAGCUCAUGCUGCUUCAUGACGAUUUGGCAGAGCUCAAGGCAGAGCAUGGCAACGAUGCGAUCUUGGACAAGUUGAAGAAGCACUGCGGGAAUGUGGAAAAACUGACGAUCCUGCGCAAGGGCAAGGGUGCCACUACUGACGGCUACGACGCAGAGCACGCAGUUUUCGCUGCCCAUGGCCAACAUUUAGAUCGCGUACUGCCACUGCAGAUUCAUGCGGAUGAAGGUCAGACCCUCAAGAAAAGUGCUGUCAUGAUCAUUAGCUGGCAGUCCCCACUAGGUUUUGGAACUUCCGUUGAGGAUGAUGUGGCAGCUGCUAUGCACUUGAACUUUAUUGGGAAUUCUUAUGCUACGCGGUAUUUGUUCGCUGUUUGCACCAAGAAGACUUACCAAAAGAAGAAGGCCCAUGUUCUUGACAACAUUAUCGACAUCCUUGCGAAAGAGCUAUACGACUUGUUCCAUGAUGGUAUCUGGUUAAGUGUUGGGAACGAAAAAGUGCAGUUCUGGAUCGCAACCCUGGGGCUGAAAGGGGACUGGCCUAUCCAAUCUCGUUUGGGGCAUCUCGAGCGCCACUUCGCACGUAAGGGCGUCUACCAAGAAUCUGCUACAAGUGGGUCAUGGUUCAAAGGGGCUGAUACCUCUUGUGUAUGCCUUUUCUUCGAAGAGUAUCUGGAGAAGAAGCUGCCGGAUAUUUCAAAUGAUGAUUUGGCCUAUUUCGCAAGCAUGCUUGAUGCCUUUCGGAGUGCAAAUGCAUUUUUGAGAGUUCUCUACAAGAGCGGCCUUUGGUUAUCGCAGGAUCGUUGCCGUGCUGCUGCACAAGCGGGAUUGGAUUUUAUUCGAUCUUACCUGGAGAUAGCUGCCAUGGCGCAUGAGGCUGAGCGCACGCGUUUCAAGCUAACGCCGAAGUUACAUGCGAUGAUCCACAUAACGGAUCACAUGGUUUCUGGUUUGGAGCGUGGCCUUCGAUGGACUCUCAAUCCUUUAUCCGAGUCCGUACAAAUGGACGAGGAUCUAGUGGGGAAGGUGUCUUCCAUUACUUGUACUGUUUCGACGCGGCAAGUGCAUUUGCAAACGAUCAGGAAGUAUCUGACAAACCUGUGGUCCCAUCUGCGGGGCACGAGCUGCUCAUGA